AUGGUCCUUUCUCCUCUGGAAAACCAACUCAAAGAAGCUACAGAAUGGUCUCUUAAAAGCUAUCUGGUUUCAAAUGCAGUUUUUUUAAGUGAAAGACUGUCUUCAGAGCCGUCUUCUACAACUGAAGAUGAAGAGCUUAAACUUCAUUUACUAGCAAAAUGCUAUUUGGCGGAAAGUUCUCCUUACAAGGUGGUUUUGAUAUUAAAAAAUUGUUCAUCUGUGGAGAAUUUGUAUUUAUACGCACUUGCGUGCUUUCAGACUACUAAGCUGGAGGAGGCUGAAAAGGCAUUAUUAAAAUGCUCCUUACACACUUCAGCAGAAGUUAACUAUCUAUUAGGCCAAAUUUGUGAGCGGCAGUCCAGAAUCCAAGAUGCAAUUUCUUAUUACUCCAAAGCCCUUAACCUAAACUCCAACCUUUGGACUGCUUUUGAAAAACUAUGUGAGCUGGGCUAUUUCAUUGAUACCUCUAUUUCUUUCAAGACAGACGAAAAAUCAGAGCACCUUUUCCCAGGGGAAAGCCCUUCAAACUUCCACCCUCUUACAGCUUCAAAUUUUGGAAAUUGGAGCCCUCCUCCUAAGCUAAACUCCCCUGCCCACAAAACGCCCGCCAAAACAAGCAAAGAUCUCAAACAGCUACUUGCAGAAUUAGGGAAGGCUUAUCAAGCUUUAAGCCAAUAUAACACAAAUGAAGCUAUGAAUUUAUUAAAAGCGCUGCCAGACUCUCAAAAAAAUUCAGGCUGGGCUUUGUGCCAAAUGGGAAGAUGCUGCUUUGAAAAGUACGACUUCGCUGGGGCUGUUGAAUAUUUCCAAAGAGCUUUCCAAAAAGAGCCUCAGAGGACUGAGGACACCGAUUAUUAUUCUUCAGCUUUAUGGUACGAAAAAAAGAACUCAGAGCUCUGUUACACUUUACAUAAUGCAUUAAAAAAUGCUUAUUACGCUCCUCAGACCUGAGUGAUAGCAGGAAAUUUCUAUUCUUUGCAAAAAGAAAGAGAAACUGCUAUUAAGUGUUUUACUAGGGCGAUUCAGCUGAAUCCUUAUUAUUCGUACGCGUAUGCGCUGUGUGGGCAUGAACAUCUGGCUAAUGAAGAUUUUGACCAAGCCAGGUAUCAUUAUGAGUCAGCUAAUAAUAUAGACUCAAGACAAUAUACAGCUUUGUGGGGCUUAGGAAGCUUGUAUUUUAAGCAGGAAAAAUACACUCAAAGCUUACAGUGCUAUAAAGCAGCAAGGUCAAUUAACCCCAAUUCCAGCAUCAUUCUUACAUAUUUAGGAGUGAAUUAUAAAGCAACUGGGCAUUAUGAAGAAGCCAUCAAUUGUUUUGAGUCUGCAAUAAGAAUUGAUAAGAAAAAUCCUCUCCCUAAAUUCCAGCUUGGAAUUCUGCUGUCUCAGCUUGACAGAGACCAAGAAGCACUUUCCCACCUAGAAACCCUCUGCCAAGAAAACUCCAGAGAGUCUCACCUAUAUAUCCAAAUAGGGAAAAUCUAUGCCAAGCUAGGACAGCCUGAAAAAGCGUUAAGGCACUAUAAUGACGCUCAAGAAUUAAACCCGAAAAACCAUAGCGAAAUAAAGAAUUUAAUUGAGCAGCUCCAUGGAAGCUCAAGUUUGCAUAUGAUGCCGUAG